CCUGUACUAUGUCCGCAGUCUCUGGUCAUCUCCUGUACUAUGUCCGCAGUCUCUGGUCAUCUCCUCUACUAUGUCCGCAGUCUCUGGUCAUCUCCUCUACUAUGUCCGCAGUCUCUGGUCAUCUCCUCUACUAUGUCCGCAGUCUCUGGUCAUCUCCUCUACUAUGUCCGCAGUCUCUGGUCAUCUCCUCUACUAUGUCCGCAGUCUCUGGUCAUCUCCUCUACUGUCCGCAGUCUCUGGUCAUCUCCUGUACUACGUCCGCAGUCUCUGGUCAUCUCCUGUACUACGUCCGCAGUCUCUGGUCAUCUCCUGUACUACGUCCGCAGUCUCUGGUCAUCUCCUGUACUACGUCCGCAGUCUCUGGUCAUCUCCUGUACUACGUCCGCAGUCUCUGGUCUUCUCCUGUACUAUGUCCGCAGUCUCUGGUCUUCUCCUGUAGUAUGUCCGCAGUCUCUGGUCUUCUC